AUGCCUCCCCGCGCCCACUCCAAGACCUCCCGUGUCCCCCGCCGACCCUUCGAGUCUGCCCGACUUGACUCCGAGUUGAAGCUCGUCGGCGAGUAUGGCCUGCGCAACAAGCGUGAGGUCUGGCGAGUCGGUCUGACUCUGUCCAAGAUCCGUCGUGCUGCUCGUCAGCUUCUUACCCUCGACGAGAAGGACCCCAAGCGUCUCUUCGAAGGCAAUGCCCUCAUUCGACGUCUCGUCCGUGUCGGUGUCCUUGACGAGUCCCGCAUGAAGCUCGAUUACGUCCUGGCUCUUAAGAUCGAGGAUUUCCUUGAGCGCCGUCUCCAGACCUGUGUCUGGAAGCUCGGUCUUGCCAAGUCUAUCCACCACGCCCGUGUUCUGAUCCGCCAGCGUCACAUCCGAGUCGGAAAGCAGAUCGUCAACGUUCCCUCUUUCAUCGUCCGUCUCGACUCCCAGAAGCACAUCGACUUCGCUCUUACCUCGCCCUUCGGUGGUGGCCGUCCCGGCCGUGUCCGCAGAAAGAAGGCCGCCGCCGCUGCUGGCGGUGAGGGGGGUGAGGAUGAGGAGGACGAGGAGUAA